AGAAAAUCAUCUGCAAGCUACUAUUGCUUUGCCGAUGUGAGCGGCAAGGGAGGAUUUAAAAGAUUUUUUUUUGUUUAUUUGGGAGGAUAAACUUGAAUUUGUUAAAAUGCAAGUGAAAUUUAUGCAAAUUUUGAAAGAAUGUAUGCAAAUCUACAAGCUCUUUCUCCUUUUCCUUGUUUACAGGCGCCCGAUUGUCUUUCAGUGUUCCACCUAUUUCCUGUUACCCUGAUGACUAACAGGUAUUAGUUGUAAAAUAUAUUUUUCCCUUCUAAUAUAUCGAUGCGCAAGGAUUGUGCGCGUUCAGAAAAAGAAAAAAGAAGAAGAAAGGGAGGUAAAAAAAAAAAGGCUCAAACUCGUUGGAAACGAAAGGAGCCCAAUCUGAAGAAGGCCAAACUUGGGCCCAAAUUGAGCCCAUAUAAUGAGGUGGGCCUGUGGGGCCCACUAAGCACUAAGGAGACAAAAGAGUCGCUCCCACGACUCCAUCGUCUUCUCCUUUCCCCCGCCGUUGCCGCCUCUUCCCCUCUCGUCUCCGGCCACAAGUCCACCGCGGGAGAUCAACAUGGUUGUGGCGCUGCCGGCCUUCACCGACAACCUCAAGGACAGGGAUCGCAAACUGAGGAUAUUUUCUGGAAAUGAGCAUCCAUUCCAUGAUCGCCCUCUUGAACCUUUUGUGAUGCCACCACGCCAAGUGCGUGAGAUGCGUCCCCGGGCAAGACGUGUACUGAUAAGGGCGCAGAAGAAAGAGCAGGACAGAGCAGCAGCGGCAUCAACCAAAGAUGAAGAAAAUGUUAAGAAUGCCAAAUCCGAGAUCACUGCAUAGAUGCACAUUCAGAUGUGUGUUGUGUGGGUGGAGAUUGCUACUACUCCUACAUUGCAAAUCUACCUGUUGCUUUUUUUUGAAGGAUCCAUGUAUCUUUUAUUUCUUUGACAUGUAGCCUGUUGGAUUCAAUAGACAGUAGAAUCAUACAACCUGGAAAUGAGCAGCUCAAUCUGAAUGUCUAUUUUGUGUCUUA